UGUGAUGUCACCCAUUGUUAGCACAUCACUGAGGCUAUAUUCAUUGGGGGUUCCUGAGUUGCUAUCCACAGUCUCGCCUUGCCCCUGCUAGAGAUCAGACCUUGGUCUCUGAAGCUCUGGAGCCAGGCCCUCCACCUGGCCAAAAGAUCCUGUGGUUUGAAGAUUUGACAUCACGCUGCUGCCGACCCUGCUGAGAAUCAUGGACACGGUUUACAACCAUCUGCACAUCUUGGCUGCUCAGGUUUCCAACUUUUUCCAAACUAACAGAGAAUUGAUAUCUACCUUAGCUCAGAAUUUCUCUUCUCAGUUUCCAGGCAACCCUGCUGAACCUCAUUUUCCAAGGCUACCUAACUAUAACAUCCGGCAGAGGCAGCAUGGGGAUCACCAACACGAGCUGGAGCGGGGAGAACAGCCGCAGCUACAGUGGCAGCAGCCUCGGUGGCAGCCUCGGCAUCCACAGUCACCAGACCAACAGCCAGAACAGCCACAACCACAGGAGGAGCAGCAGCAACAACACCAGCAGCAGCAACAUGAAUACAACUUUGAGCCAGAUUCAUUCCAUCGUCUGAGACGUUUUCAGGCCUAUCCCAUCACAAACCAUACUUUCCAGGCUUCGAACAUCAGACCUAGGUACAAUAACAUUCACACCACUCGGAUACCAAUAAGCAGCAGGAUGAUAGACAGAGUGAAAAGGAGGGAGACCAUUCAGGCCCCCAGGCAAGACCACUACCUACAAAUCCGUAACAUCUGUGUGGCCACCUUUGUGAUAUUCUUGAUAUACAUUGCCCUCCUGUACUUUGAAGUCACCAAAUAAAGUGACCAGGUGUGAAAUGGC